AGACUCUCUUCCUGGACCUCUUCGAGGAGGCGAGCUCCGUAUAGUUCUGCCGACAUGAUGCUGCCAUGGUACACCACCGCGAGGUGAAUCUGUUCGUCGUUCUCGAUUGAAAAAGAUGAUCCGAAGGGAUUGAUCAACAUUCUAUUAUCACAAGAAAUCCGUCUCCCUCCCAAGAAAUGGCUCCGCCCGAACAACCCUUCCCCGCCUCCGAGCUCGACCAGCACGUCCGCUCGCACACGGUCAACUACAAGGAGAAAUCCCGCAAACUGCCUCAGGACUUUGACCUCAAGCGGGAUUGCGAGUUGAUGGAGCUCGUCCAGUACAGUUGUACCACGGUCAAGCAGCAGUAUGAAAGGGCGCUUGCGAACGGGACAGGGACAGCCAGGAUGGAAUGCUUCCCCAUUGUCAGGCUGUUUAGGAAAUGCGUCAAGGGCGGGAAGGUAUUUCAUGUCGAGACGACAGCGUGGGAAGGCCAGCAUGCCUGGAAGCCACCUGCAAAUACACAGCCAACAGCGCACAUGAACGUUAACGACCAAGAAAAGGCUGCCAGAGACGACUCGCCAGGAAAUAUGUUUACGGCCUAUUGGAACUCGUUUUGGUCCAAAAAGUGAAUCCUUUGGUUCUGCCUGGGGUAUCAUAUGCAAAUCCAUCCCUUCCAAUAUGAAAGACCGACCAAACGCCAACGCUGCCAAAGCAUCAAGGGUGCUGGGAAUCAAAGCUGCAUGGUCACAUCACCUCCAUGCGGUCCUGAGCUGCUCGGCUUUUCGGAAUGAGAAUUUUUGCCCGGUGCUCGCCUCUUGACCAUCAAUUCUUCCGGCAUGCGAUACGCCUUUUCGCAAUUGACAAUCGGUCCUAGCUCAAAACCACCACGUUCCUUGGUCAGCAAGUCGCGCAGCGUUUCUUCGAAGACUGCCUCUUCCGACAAAUCGACCCCAGUCUUCCACCUCUUACGGCGAAUGAUCGUGGGAGGUUUCUGCUUGGAAGAUAUGGCCUCCGUCUCGAGCGGAUGAGCAGCAUCCAGUUUGACGGCCCCUGCAAGCUUCCGCAACGCCUGCUCACCGAGUUUCCCUUCUUGGGUUGCCAGUUCUCUCACCUUCCUACUGUCGGAUUGUCGGUCCGGGUAGACAGGUGUGUCCCGAUAGGUAUGUGCAGAAGGCAGCUCAGGCAAGCCCCUGGUUGUGAAUGAGAAUUUUUUCAGCUCUCCGUGCCCGUCCAAGCCAGGGCCGAGGAAUGAUGCUGGGAGUUCGACGACAUUGUGGAAUUCAUCUUCAGGAGGCGGUGUUGGCAACAAAGGAGGGUUAAUGGAGGGUUGGGUCUGGUAUGGGCCGAGUUGGUCGUCCGGGCGAGCGAUGUCGAGGACAUCAAUGGCGGUCUCGAAAUCGGGGGCGAUGGGACAAGUACGCCGGGCAGCGAUCAUGGAACGCCGGACCUUAGAGAGGAAUUGGAGCAUGACUGUCAAAAUAGUCAGCAUACAUGCGGCGCUGCGGCAUAGAGCAACCUACAUUCGUCCAUCGCUGCAGCCAUGGAUUCCAGCGCCACCGACUCAAUCGCUGGAUUCGAAAUGCCUUGUUUCUGCGCCUCCUCUUCACAUAUCGUCCUUAUACACAGCACUAGUAAAUCAUCGACCACCUCUUGCUCCAACAGUGCUGGUUCCGAGGUGGGCAAGGACUGAAGUUUGUGUCGCAUGACAUGGUGGUGAUGAUAUGGGAUCUUCUUCUUUGGGGAGGUGGCGAACAUUUGCUUGUACUUUCAGUGGAGUACUUUUUGAAUAUACGGCAGGGGAAGAAUGUGCUAUUUUCCGUGACCUCAGUUCUGUAUCACCUUGCCCGCGACGGACCUCGCUCUCGGGUAUGGGGGAGGCAGCGCAGGG